AUCCUUGGAAUAGGUAAUUUUAAUCUCCAUUUUGCAGGUAAGGGAACUUAAGCUGUAAAGUGUGAAUUACUUGCCCAUGGUCACACAGCUACUGAACAGUGAGACCAGGAAAGGAACCACUGACUCCCGACUCUACUAAACACCACACCUUUCCUGGCCUGGGUCAGGGCAAAAUCGGGGAAUACAGGUUGGAUUCUUUCAGAGGCCCUCAAAAGCAUUGAGGAAGCCGUGCUGAGGGACUGGCAGAGCAAUUUGGGAGAGUGCUCUGGCUCUGCCUUCACCAGCUAUCUUCUGGAGUUUCGGAGAGCUUCUGUGAAAUGGGCAUAAGUUCUGUCAAAGAGGGAGGCCAUCCAUGCAGGUUUUCUGACCCUGAGAGCUUAAGUCUCCUACUGAUGGAGGGAGAGAAAACAAGGAGGAGGGGAGGAGAGGGGAGUGUGUGUGUCUUGGCCCAUGCUGGAACUGCAAAGUAGAGAAAACUUAAAGCGUGUAAAUAUUUCCCUCAAGCCAUACAUGCCACUCAGACGUGCAAGACUUCUCUGUGCUGGGAAGGAUCGAUCAGCAGUAGCCAGGCAGGUGUCUGUUACCUUUGAGGUACUUUCAGUACAAAAGAAUGACGUGAAGCACCAGGUUAGAAGGAAAGAUCCCAGGGGUCUGAUUCAGCCAAGAGAAGAGAGUUCUGCUUUAGGCUAAUAUUUUGGAGAAAUCCCUUAGCCGGAAAUAAGCAUGGUGCUACUUGUUGCACAGUAUACUGUUGACUCGCCAUUAGUAUGAUGAAAUAUUGAGACCAAUUUCCAGAAAUCGUUCAUUAGAGUCCAUUUUAUUUCUUGGUAGUGAUGUUUGGACACCUCCCUCUCCUCUGUUUCCUUUCUUUCCAUUUUUUUCCACAGGGUCUGUCAUUUCCACCCACUGCAUUAUUUAGCCUUUUUUUUUUUUCAUUACUUUUGUCAGCACACUUUGAGUUAAGGUAGAUAUUCAAAGACAAAGUGCCAACCCUAUGAAGGGGGCAUGAAGGUAGACGAGCCUCCGGUAUUUGGGAGAGGAGCUGAUGAAAUGGCUGAUGAAGUAAGAUUAGUACCGCCCUCAUGAAUGGGACACAGGUUAACUACAGAGCUUAUGGCUGAAGCACAUUAACCAUCUGUGUCUCCUGCCCUUUGCUUUUGUUUCCAAGGCAAAAAGCCCUCUCAGGUUGGAGGGGAGCCAUGAGCCGAUUCCUGAACGUGUUACGAAUCUGGCUGAUGAUGACAUCCAUCAUAGCCGCGGGUUACUCGCUGCAGAGCUUCCGAGACCACACCUUUCUCUAUGAAAACAUCUACAUCAGCAAGCCAGACCUGGUGAAUGGCCUCCAAGCUCGGACCUUUGGAGUCUGGGCACUGCUCUCAUCAGUGGUUCGCUGCCUCUGCGUCAUCAACAUUCACAACAAAACGCUCUACUGCGUCACGCUCUGGACCUUCUUCAUUGUCGUGGGGCACAUACUGUUUGAGCUGUUUGUAUUUGGAACCGUGGCUCCCACAAUUAACGUCAUGGCACUCUUCAUGGUGGCAAGUAUCUCAAUCCUGGGCAUGCUAGUGGGACUCCAGCACCUAGAAGCAGAAUCAGGAUCCAGACAAAAGAAGAGAAACUGAGGCCAACAUCCCCACGUCCAAGACGUCAUCUCCCGCCUUUGCUCGCCUCUUCCCUCUCUAUGCUCUUCAGUUUCAUUUCUGCUCCAUCAUCCACUUAUAGCCUUUCACAUUUGGGUUUUUUUUCUUUAAUUAAAAAACUUUUAAGAUA